GCAGUUCAUGAGAGUUUGUUAAACCUGUCGCACACAUCCCCCCUUUCCGCCGCGCCGAGCGCACAUGAUGCGAUAACGAGACUAAGUUAGAUGGCUUUGAGAGGUGUUUGGCAACUACAAAAGCUGAUUGUGAGCUAUUCUGAUUGGGGUGGAAGUAGCAGGGGCAUCGGGGCAUUAAUGGACUCACAUCUACCGGCAUUUAGAGAGAAAAAUCCUCGGUUAGAAGUUGUCACUGAACUCAUUCGUGGUCAGCAUCCGCAUUUGAAAGGCUUUUACCGGAACAAAAAUGAGCGGGUGAUAUGUGUGAAGAAUAUGGAUCCGGAAGACAUCCUUCUACAUGCAACCCGGUUAAGGAAUGCAUUGGGAAGAAAGGCGGUGAAAUUGAAGACAAGACACGUAACCAAACACCCUAGUGUUCAGGGUACAUGGACAACGGACGUCAAAUUUUGAGGCGUAGGGGCUUCUUUGGUGUGUUUUACCCCUUUUUAGCCCCAGUUAAAGGCUUAGUGGAACCAUCGCUUGUGGCGACUUUAUCGUGAUCAGUUGUGCAAUCUGGCCAAUAUUUUGAAUACUGCAAUAUGAUUCUGAUGGGUAUUAUUCAUAUUGCACUCACAGGAAUUGGUAUCGAAUUGGUACCCCCUCCCCCCCAACGUUUUGUUUUAAAGCUGAAUAAUGAGAUACUGUUGGUAUUAAUCCGAGAAACCAAUCACUUGGCUUCCUGUUAAUACGGUCACAUAAUAUAUAACUCGAGCUCAGGUGUCCCAUCUUAUAUCGAGGACGGAGGCGCAGCUAGUUUCCCCAGCUGGUUUCUGUGACUGUUUGCCCAGAUGGGG